GCGCGCCGAUAAACUCUGCAAAGUACCAACGCGUUUUUUAUUUUUUGUAAACAAUUUCUGAAUCAGGUGGAAUGGAUCGUUUAGCAAAAGUUUUCUCGCAGCAGGACGAACUAAUUGCUCUGGAAGGACUCUACAAAGAUGAAUACUUCACUUUCGAGUCGUUGAAGGGAUUACCGGCGGAAAAGGGCCAGAGAUUCCAUCAGCUGACGCUCCAACUCCUAGAGGACUUGCCUCAGCCAGUGGAUCCCUUAAAAUGCACGGAAAGAUCACGCCAGCUGCGGGAAGAAGGCAACUUGGUUUUCAGAAGUGCAACUAAGGACCCGGAACGGGUCCUAAAAGCAUGCAAACUUUAUACGGGAGCAGUUUUUGAGGCGGAGGCUGCGAAUGAGGAACUAGCAUUGGCCUUCGCCAACAGGGGUAUCGCCCUGCAGGAAUACGGAUUCUUUCGUGAAGCCUACGACGACUGCGCUAAUGCCCUGGACUGCGGUUAUCCGGAGAAGAUGCGCCACAAGCUCGUCAUGCGACAGGCACAUUGCGCCUGGAAGCUAGAGGACCUGGAUGUCCUGGAAAAGCAUCUCUCCAGCUUGGAGCAGAUGCAAUUAAAUGAAUCUUUUCUUCAGCAAUUGGAAAACUUAAAGAACGAAUUGGAGAUACUGAAACGGAAGGAAGCGGAUGCCACCGCAUCGCAACAAAAACAAGAUAUUAAAAGCUUAGAAAAAAUCUCUGAAGAUCCUGGUGAGCGCGGUCGCUAUAUGGUGGCCACCGAAGCGAUACCCCAAGGGACAGCUAUUUUUUCCGAGCGUGCAUCCUGCUUUGUUCCUCUGGAGCAACGACUUAUUUGUCAGCAAUGUGCCAGCAGUCUCAUGAGCGCUCCAAUUCCCUGUCCACAGUGCCACCAAAAGGUAGUCUAUUGCUCGCGAAAGUGCCGCGAGGGACACGCAAACAUCCACAGAUACGAGUGCGCUGGCUACCGAAUGGAUCUGUUCAAGCUGCUGGGCGUAUCACACUUGGCACUACGCAUGGUCCUGGUGUACGUGCCCCUGAUAUUACCCGAUCUGCGGGAUUGUAAGAGCUCCAAGGAGAUUUGGGAGAGCCUUAUGAAGCUGGUCAAUGAACCAGAACAAGGGAAGAUGGUUCCUGAGUAUAUGCAAAGUCUACGGAUGGUGAGCCAUUUGGAUCAGGCUCCACGCCCUGAAUUGGUCUACCACAUGCUCUGUGCGAAUCUGCUUCAGACCUACCUGGAAAAGCACACAGAUUACUUUGAUCUGUUCAAAGUAACAGCUGCCGGUUCGGAAGAUUGGAAAGUUAUAGUUUCAGCCCUUAUUCUCCGUUCGGCGGGACAACUGCUAGUUAAUGGCCACGUCGGUGAUGCACUGGUACCAGUGGCCUUGGAGGCGAAUGAGUUUGCUUUACUCCAGCCGGACAUGUGGCAAAAACCGUAUCAUUUAAGAUUGGGACAAUUGCACAACCUUUCCCACACGGAGCUCGUCACGGCCGUCAACCUUCCCUACUUGAGCCUGUGUAAUCAUGCCUGUGUCCCCUCGAUUCGGACAAAGUUCGAUGGAUGCUCGGUGGUUAACUAUGCCAGAAGCAACAUCGCUGCUGGGGAGGAAAUCUUUAACUGCUACACGAGGGACUAUAGGAAUAGCUUGAAGAGCCAGCGCAUUAAGCCUCUAAAGGAGGUCUACAAAUUCCAGUGCUCUUGCGUGGCUUGCGUCCAAGCCGAACCAGAUAAGGACUAUCUUGCGUUCCAUCAAUACCUUUGUGAAAAGAAGAAUUGCAGAAAGAAGUUCAUACCUGAUGUUCAACAGAAUGAUCUCACUUGGUGGAUGCAAUCAAAUGCAGAUAAUCCUAUUGUUUGCACUUUGUGCAAGGAACGGCAGAGUUUUGCUUGGUACAACGAGUUCCUAGACCUCAUAGAGUCCUGUGGGGAUUCUUCAAAGAGGCGGGAACUGUACCGAGCUUUCGAUAAGCUAGACAACUGGUUAGUGGACCAUCAUAGUCUAAAGGGGACCAUGGCGGGAGAACUAGUAACAGCCUGCUUUGCUGAAAUGGAUGACGGAUGUUUUCUAACCGACUUUGACUACGAGAAUCUAGCUAGAAUCAUUCGAAAGAAUCUGGAAAGUACAGCAGCCCAGUGUGGGGAUACUUCCAUGGAAUAUAUUAGCCAGAUGACCUAUCUGUGGGAUAUUGUUGCAUUAAAGAAAUGUAAAAUGGACAAAAAGGAACUAGGAUGCUUCACAGAUAAGCUUAAAUAUUUGGCCCAGGAGCACAAAGAAGUUUUUAUGAACUAUUACAACGAUUUUAUUAAGGAACAAUGUAAAUAAGGAUAUUAUUUUUGUAAAAUCUCUAAUAACCAGUGACUCCUAAAUGCGAGAUAUUCCAAAACAGCUUGAAUUUGUUUUGUUUUCAAAUGGGGGCGGCAUGGGGGCUAACUAUAAAGUGUGACCAAAGGUUAGGAAUCUCUUUUAUCCCUAAUAUGAAGGAUUGCCCUUGAAAUAAUAUUCUUUUAAGCAUACUUAAAUGUUAAUUAUAUUUCGAUAGGGAUUCAAAAAGUAGAAACAAUCGAAAUAUUUAAUAUAAACAAUCGUAUAAAUUUCGAAAAAAGACAAGAAUUUAGUUAUUCGUGUGACCGUAUUUUAUGAUUUUUGACGGAUUCUUUCGGGAUUUUGUGUGCCCGUAUUCUCGACCAAUAAACCACUUUUGUAGCACAAUUUGGGAGUAAAAAACAUUUUCGGCAAUCAUUUACAAAAUCAACGAGUGCAAGAAAAUCUCCAGUGAUUUCUUUAACAAAAAGAACCAAUUCCGAACCAACAAAAAUCCAACAUCGUAAUCAUCAAGAAGAGGAGUACAACGAGGGGCCAGGAAAUACAUAUAAACGUACAUAUUUAUGUGCAUGUGUGUGCGUGCGGGCGUGUAGUAGUAUUUUUCUUUUCUGUUUUCGCUGUACGUGACGUGCGGAUUGAUUCAUAUUAUUCAUUACGUGAGCCUACUGCAAUUGCACCAACGAAACUUGACCCGUUAGCCCCCAGAAGGCCGACUAUGAAUUUGGCCGUAUUUUUGUUGCAUGUUCGAGUGGGCAAAUAGAUGCCGCUUGCAAUGUAGAGCUGCUGAUGGCCCCUUCAAAACGGGGGCCGCGGCCAAUGCGAUGCAAUAAGAGCGAAUUCAACAGAUCAGACAAAAAAAGAAACAGGGAACGC